AUGACGAUCUAUCCAGAGGUCCAGCGGAAAGCGCAAGAAGAAAUCGAUCGCGUGGUGGGAUGCACUCGCCUCCCGAACGCCAAAGACCGCGGGAGCCUACCUUACAUCGAUGCGCUCGUCAAAGAGACCCUACGAUGGAAGCCAGUAGCGCCUAUGGGUCUUCCGCAUACCAGCACAGCAGACGAUAUUUUCGAGGGGUAUUUUCUCCCCAAGGGGACGACGGUGUUGGCGAACGUUUGGUAUUUCACACAUAAUCCAGCAACAUACCCCGACCCAAUGUCUUUCCAUCCCGAACGCUUCCUACCGACAGACAAGAAACCCACAUCGGAGCUUGAUCCCCACCGCUUUGCUUUCGGGUUUGGACGACGCAUGUGUCCCGGCCGCUUCCUCGCCGAUUCGAUGAUCUUUCUGAACAUUGCGCAGUCACUGGCAGUGUUUAAUAUCGGCAAGGGGAAAACAACCGAUGGGGUAGACAUUGAGCCGGAUAUAGGGUUCAAGCCGGGGGUUGUUAGCCAUCCGCACCCGUUCACGGCUACAAUUACGCCACGGAGUGAAAAGCACGAGCAGCUGGUGAGGGGUAUUGAGAAGGUGUUCCCUUGGCAAAGAGGUGAUGCGGAUAAAUUAGAUGGAAGGUGGAAUGUUCGUGGGCAUGAGCGAGGCCAUGACACGAAGGCAGAGGUCUAG